AUGGCAUCAAGAUUUGGCCACUCGACGCUCCACCAGCGAGAUUCCCGCAGCGCCCUGUUCGAGGGUUAUAGCGGCAGCGGACGGAACAGCGCCGACCCUGCGAGGCGACCGAGCCCGGCGCCGGGCGGCUACGGGUAUGGGUAUCCCGGGGGAAGCAACGGCGCGGCGACCGGCGGGAGUAGCACGCAUCAUUUAGGCGUGGAUAGUCGGGGAAACUACAGGCCUGCGACACCGAAUUCGAGGGGCCAGUACAGCGACGCGGUGCUCAACGAGCUCGAGAGCCAGAACGACCAGCAGGUCGAGGGCAUCUUAGGGAAGGUCAAGAUCCUGAAAGAUGUGAGUUUCGUCCUGCUGUUGAUGCUGCGCAUUAUGCUAACGCGACCCUACCCCGGUCCCAAGAUGACAUCGGCUAUCGGCGACGAGAUCAGGGAGUCCUCGGCGCUCGCGGAGAAGAUGAACGAUACGUUUGAUUCGACGCGGCUGCGGCUGCGCGGCACUAUGAACCGCAUGCUUGUUAUGGCGGAGCGCACCGGCGUCGGCUGGAAGGUGUGGCUGGCCUUCUUUGCUGCCGUCAUUUUUAUUUUCCUCUACGUCUGGCUGUUCUGA